GCGAGCUGGUUAAAAGUAAAGAGAACAUCAUUUUACAAACUGUGAAUAUCAGUGCAACAUUUCUACAAUUACUGCAAAAUAAUUAAAAUUAUUUAUUAAAUUAUUAUUGCAUUUGAUCAUAUCAAGAAAGAUCGAGGCGUUAUUAUUGUGACAUUAUAGGAUAAUAAUUUAUAGCCAUAAUGGAUGCAACAAUGGAUGUAACAGUGUCGUAUUUACCGACUAUAGGCUGUACUCUAUUUCUCGUGUUUAUCACAACGCUAAUUGCAUUAUACUAUUAUGUCGAGACUAAUAGAGCAGUUAAACUUGCAAAAAAGCUACCAAAUCCAUCGAGCUUACCAAUUAUAGGCCACACAUUAAUAAGUUUGGGAUUAUCUCCAGAAAGUUUAUUACGUGUAGCUCUUAAACAGCUUGAACAGUAUGGAUCAGUAAUAAGCAUAUAUUUCGGAACAAGAGUAAUAAUCGCUCUGUCUGAUCCACAAGAUAUUGAAAUAAUCUUGGGUAGCUCUGUGCACCUCGACAAAUCCGUGGAAUAUAAAUAUUUUCAACCAUGGCUUGGAGAUGGUUUAUUAAUCACAACUGGCGAUAAGUGGCGCAGGCAUAGGAAGGCAAUAGCGCCCACAUUUCAUAUGAGUAUUUUAAAGACAUUUGUACCUUUAUUUUAUGAAAAUAGCAUGGAUCUUGUUAGACGGCUUCGCGAUGAAGUUGGAAAAGAGUUCGACUGUCACGAUUAUCUAUCAGCUGUAACGGUUGACAUUUUAACGGAAACUGCAAUGGGAGUCAGAAAAGAAAAAAGACAGAAGACCGGAUACGAUUAUGCCAUGGCUGUAAUGAAAAUGAGUGAUAUCCUGCACAGAAGACAUUAUGAUUUUUCAUUGCGUUCUGACCUAAUUUUUAAACUUACAAAGUUUGCAAAGAAGCAAGAAAAACUGCUCAAUAUUAUUCACAGUCUAACAGAUGGUGUAAUUAAAGAGAAAUCUCAAGAUAUCAAAGAGAAUGUAAAACGACAAAAGGAAAUGCAAAACGACAAAUCGAUGGAAAGUUUGAACAUGACCAAAAAUGAAGAAAAUGACAAAAAUAUUACUACUAAGUACACAAAACUGCAUUAUGUAAGAGAUGAUCUCGAUGAAAUAGAUGAAAAUGACACAGGUGAAAAAAGACGACUCGCCUUUCUAGAAAUGAUGUUGGAUUUGAAAAAAAAUGGUGGGCAAAUGACUGAUGAGGAGAUUCGAGAGGAAGUAAACACUAUUAUGUUUGAGGGUCAUGAUACUACGGCAGCUGGCUCGAGUUUCACACUAUGCGCCUUAGGAAAUCAUCAAGAUAUUCAGGCCCGCGUUCAUGAAGAAUUGGAUACAAUUUUCGGCGAUAGCGAUCGGCCAUGCACUUUUCAAGACACUCUAGAAAUGAAAUAUCUCGAAAGAGUUAUUUUGGAAUCUUUGAGACUUUUCCCACCGGUACCUUUGAUUGGUAGAAAACUUAAUGAAGAUGUAAAGAUAAUUACAGGCGAUUAUAUCCUUCCAAAAACUGCCACGAUACUGAUUGGACAAUUCGCAGUACAUCGUUCGGAGAAAUAUUAUCCAAAUCCAACAGUUUUUAAUCCGGACAAUUUUCUACCCGAAAAAAUGCAACAGAGACAUUACUAUUCCUUUAUUCCAUUUAGCGCUGGACCAAGAUCUUGCGUGGGACGGAAAUACGCUAUGCUGAAAUUGAAGGUUCUGUUAUCGACAAUACUUAGAUAUUACCGUGUCACUUCAGAUGUGGUAGACGACGAUUUUAUAUUGCGAGCUGACAUCAUUCUAAAAAGACACGAUGGAUUCAAGAUUAAGCUUGAGCCGCGCAAGCCCGUAUCUUGUAUAUAAGAAGAGAAACAGCAAGAAGUUAACUUUUCUUUUUCUGCGCAAACUAAAUCUAAACGUGUUGAUAUAUACUUUAUUAAGAGUUUCAUGUUCCAUAUAUACAUUUUGGAGCAGUUCUUUUUGAAGAACUUUCUAUCUAUAAUAUUUUUCCAGAAUAAUAUUUAUGUGAUGUGUGUUGAGAUAUAAUCAAUAAAUUAUUAAAUAUAUAUUUAAAAUAUAUAUAUCUAAAAAUAA